AUGAUCGCUAGUGGGUAUAGACGAGAGCGAUCUCCACCCACCCCCCGCGGGUGCACCGGGCCGUGGGGCUGCAGGCGCUCGUGCACUGCUGGGCCGGGAGGAGGCGUACCUGCGGCUCGCUCGGUGCUGCGGGCCCGUGGCGCUGCCGGCCCGGCCGCGGGUGCUCGCCUACUAGCGCCCGCCGCCACCGCGCGGGGCGGCGAUCGAUGUGGGGGUCGCCUCCGCCCGCCCCGCCCCGCGCUGCCCGCCCUGCGCCCUGCGUCCGGCUACGCGCUGAUCGAUACGCGCGCUCACGCCGCGCGGCUGCGGCCGACCUCGCCGAUACAAUCGAUCUCGAGUCACCCCGCGACCCAGUGUGGACUUCCCGCGUUCAAUGUGGACGCGGGCCAAGCUACGGGCUACGGCUCUACGCCGAGU